CGCGCUCCGCUCCGCAAAGCACGGCAGGCUCCUCGGCGCCCUGGAAGCGCAGGCGGGACCGUCCCGGGGCUGCCGCAGACUCGCCGGAGCGUCCUCCCCGCCCGCCGCCGCUGUCGCUGCAGCCGGGGAAGGCUGAGGAGGAGAAGCGGCAGCCGGAGCAGGACAGAAGACAGAGGGACGGAGCGAGGGGCAGCGCUGCCCUCGCACAGCCGCGCUCCCCGGCAUCGCCGCCGCGCCCCGGCCAUGGGGAAGCCGACGCCGCCUCUGCAGUGACCGCGGGACGCGGCUCCCGCGCUGUCCUCCGCCGGCAGAAAGACUCAGACACCCCCCAAAACCUGAAAGCAAAAACCCACAUCUUCCACAUCCAUUCCUAUAUAAAGUGAAAUAAAGAGAGGAGAAGGGCUGCGCCGAGCGAUGAGGAGCGGGGGGCGGCUGCCGGCGCUGGCGCCGGUGCUGGCGGCGCUGCUGGGGCUGUGCAGCGCCGAGCGCAGGGCGCUGGUGCUGCCGCGGCGCCUGGGCGCGCCCGGCGCCCGAGAGCGCUUCCGCCUGGAGGCCUUCGGGGAGCGCCUGACGCUGGAGCUGGAGCCCGACAGCAGCUUCCUGGCCCCGGACUUCACCCUGCAGUACCUGGGCGGGCCGCCGCCGCCGCCCGAGGACGACCUCUCCCGCUGCUUCUACUCCGGCACCGUGAACCGCGACCCCGGCUCGGCGGCCGCGCUCAGCCUGUGCGCGGGGCUGCGCGGCGCCUUCUCGCUGCGGGGCCGCCAGUACCUGAUCCAGCCCGCGCCCGGCACCGCGCACCAGCACGGGCCGCACCUCCUGCGCCUCCGCGGCGCGCCCCGCGCCGCCCCCGCCGCCCGCUGCGCCGUGGCCGAGGCGGGGGCCGGGGCGGAGCCGCCCGAGCCCGCCGAGCCCGCAGAAACGAAAAGCAGGAGGAAGAAGAGGUUCGUGUCCAGCCCCCGCUACGUGGAGACCAUGCUGGUGGCCGACCAGUCGAUGGCUGAGUUCCACGGCAGCGGGCUGAAGCACUACCUGCUGACCCUGCUCUCCGUGGCCGCCAAGCUGUACAAGCACCCCAGCAUCCGCAACUCCAUCAGCCUGGUGGUGGUGAAGAUCAUGGUCAUCUACGAGGAGCGCAAGGGCCCCGACAUCUCCUCCAACGCCGCCCUGACUCUGAGGAACUUCUGCAGCUGGCAGAAGCAGCACAACCCGCCCAGCGACCGGCACGCCGAGCACUACGACACGGCCAUCCUCUUCACCAGGCAGGACCUGUGCGGUGCCAAGACAUGUGAUACUCUUGGGAUGGCUGAUGUGGGAACAGUUUGUGAUCUAAACCGCAGUUGCUCUAUCAUAGAAGACGAUGGUUUGCAGGCUGCCUUCACAACGGCCCACGAAUUAGGCCACGUGUUUAACAUGCCUCAUGACGAUGCAAAGCAGUGUGCUGGCAUCAAUGGAAUGAGCCGGGAUUUCCACAUGAUGGCAUCCAUGCUCUCCAACCUGGACCGCAGCCAGCCCUGGUCUCCAUGCAGCGCCUACAUGAUUACAACGUUUCUGGAUAACGGUCAUGGGGAGUGCUUGUUGGACAAGCCCCACAGGCCCAUCCAGCUGCCCUCGGACCUGCCUGGCACGCUGUACGAUGCCAACAGGCAGUGCCAGUUCACGUUUGGAGACGAGUCCAAGCACUGCCCCGACGCAGCCAGUACGUGCACGACGCUGUGGUGCACGGGCACCUCGGGAGGGCUGCUGGUGUGCCAAACCAAACACUUCCCCUGGGCAGACGGCACCAGCUGCGGCGAGGGCAGGUGGUGCAUGAAUGGCAAGUGUGUGAACAAGACUGAGAAGAAGCAUUAUGAUACGCCAGUGCACGGGGGCUGGGGCUCCUGGGGGGCGUGGGGCGAGUGCUCACGGAGCUGUGGAGGGGGAGUGCAGUAUUCCUUCCGGGAAUGCGACAACCCCGUGCCCAGGAACGGCGGCAAGUACUGCGAGGGGAAGCGGGUGCAGUACCGGUCCUGCAACAUCGAGGACUGCCCCGACAACAACGGCAAAACGUUCAGGGAGGAACAGUGUGAAAAGCACAACGAGUUUUCCAAGUCUGCCUUUGGAAGCGGACCUGCGGUGGAGUGGACACCCAAGUUCGCUGGUGUGUCUCCAAAGGACAGAUGCAAGCUGGUUUGCAGAGCCAAAGGAACGGGAUACUUCUUUGUUCUACAGCCAAAGGUGGUGGAUGGCACCCCGUGCAGCCCCGACUCCACGUCCGUGUGCGUGCAGGGGCAGUGUGUGAAGGCCGGCUGCGACCGCACCAUCGGCUCCAACAAGAAGUUCGACAAGUGCGGCAUCUGCGGCGGCAACGGCUCCACCUGCAAGAAGGUGUCUGGCACCCUCGUCAGAGCCAAACCUGGCUACCACGACGUGGUCACCAUCCCGGCGGGCGCCACCAACAUCGAGGUGAAGCAGCGGAACCACCGGGGCGCGCGGCACGACGGCAGCUUCCUGGCCAUCAAAGCCGCCGACGGCACCUACGUGCUCAACGGCGACUACACGCUGUCCACGCUGGAGCAGGACAUCACCUACAAGGGCAGCGUGCUGCGCUACAGCGGCUCCUCGGCCGCCCUGGAGCGCAUCCGCAGCUUCAGCCCGCUCAAGGAGCCGCUGACCAUCCAGGUGCUGACGGUGGGGGACCUGCCGCAGCCCAAGAUCAAGUUCACCUACUUCGUCAAGAAACCGGCGCAGGCCGGCACGGACAAGGCGGCGGCGGCGGCGGGCAAGAAGAAGGAAUCCUUCAACGCCAUCAGGGAGAUCAUCUCCUCGGAGUGGGUGAUCGAGGAGUGGGGCGAGUGCUCCAAGUCGUGCGGCUCGGGCUGGCAGCGGCGCGCUGUGGAGUGCCGGGACCCGCGGGGCCGGCCGGCCGCCGACUGCGCCCGCGAGCUGAGGCCCAGCAACCUGCGGCCCUGCGCCGACGUGCCCUGCCCGCAGUGGCAGCUCGGGGACUGGUCCCCCUGCUCCAAGACGUGUGGGAAGGGCUUCAAGAAGAGGUUGUUGAAAUGUGUCUCUGCCGACGGCAGCGUGCUGCCCCAAGAAAGCUGUGAGCCCGCCAAGAAACCCAAGCACCUGAUAGACUUCUGCAACGCCACGGACUGCAGCUAGAUAGGACGGCUUGGGAAAAGCUAAAACCUUUUUUUUAUUAUUAUUAUUAUUAUUUUAUUUUAUUUUUUUCCUUCAGACCAGUGCACUGAAAAACACAAAAGAGGGCUAGAGGCAGCACCUGUGUUUUUGCGUAAAGAAAUUCACGGUGAAGAUCCAUUGAGGUGGGACAGUGCAAACAGCUUGAAUUGGCUUUGCAUCCCAAAAAUCCCCUGCCAGCUGAAAAUUGGAUGGGAUAGCAGACCCAUGUCAUUCAUUUCUCUUUAGCAGAUAAGGCCCAAAGGCAUCAGAAUUGCCUUUUUACAAGUCUGUUAUAAAUUUAACCAAACGUGGGCAGUUAGACACAUUUCAGCAAACAUUUUGGGGUUUGGUUAUUUCUCCCUUCUUUUGGAUUUAUCUUGUGGUACUGAUCAAAUCCCCAUGUGUAGGAAGGGGAGGGAAAAAGAUAGCUUAAAAUAAUUGGUCAGGGCUUACCUACCUCACAAAGGGCAAAAAACAAGAUUGGAAAAGGAGCUUUAACUAUGUCAUUCAUGGCUGCUAUUGUUUCAGAGAAUAGUUUUAUAUAAAAAUAAAGCCAUAUUCUCUACCUGUCAAGUGUAAGAAAUGCCAAGAACAAAUAUCAACUCCACAAAUCACUAGAAUUUCAUAGUUUUUUUAGAAGUACCUUUAUGUCAUCCCAAUGUGCCUGUCCAUUUCUCUCAGCCACUCCAGUGCCAUUGUGGUGACAUGUGUAAUCCAGAGGCUUGGAAAAGUGGAAAUCUGAGUCUGAGUAGUUGCUCUUUGUGCCUUCUGCGUAUACCUUCCACUGGCUUUUCUGAUUCCAGCUUGGUCCUGCCUUCCUGCCAAACAGAUUCAUGGGGUGUGUGAGCAUUCCAGUCGUGUCUUCAC